AUGUGCGCUCUUGCUCUAGUGAGACCUGUAGUUGCCCUAAAGCGUCUAGCGGCCGGAACUGUCGAUUCAUAUAUAGGGAAACUUAGAGCGAUUUUCAAUAGGUUAGGCCGUACAGGGUUUUCUAACCCGUUGGCACAUCCUUGUGUUAAGGAAUAUCUUAAGUUUGUAAGAGAGGAGCAAGCCCAGCAACCUUUGCCCCCUCGUCAGGCUGUCCCUUUGUUCUAUGACAAAUUCACCCGUUUAAUUGCCUAUCUUCGCGGGCUUAUUGCCGAAGGCUCUGCGCUUUCUCCUCUCAAUAGAUACCUCCUGGUCAGGGAUAUAACAUUCUUUGUUAUUGACUUUUACACUGGUGAUAGAGCAUCCGAUUUGGGCCGUUUGAAGGCAGAUCAGCUUUUUCGCCUUAAGGAUAGGGAGGGGUUCCUUCUCAACUUUACGUUUAGUAAAACGAGGUGUGCAGGUCAGUUUCGCCCCUUUGCUCUGUUACGUAUUCCAAAUGUACCUGUCUGCCCGGUUUUUUGGUUGAACUAUUAUAUUGCCGCGUGUGGGGCAUUAGGUGUCCCUCUUCAUGGUGAGUACCUCUUUAGGUCUUCGGAGCAUAAAAAGUUUGUGUCACAUCGUCUGUUUGGAGGGUCAGCCGUAUCUGCACGGCUCCAAAAGUAUCUUAAGGCUGCCAACAUUAAUGACGGAGAGACCCCUCACAGCUUUCAUGUAGGAAUUUCAUACACCCUCAAGGGUUUGGGAUGUACUCCGGAGCAGAUUGCUCAGUACGUGGGUUGGCGGAGCACAGAAAUGGCUUUGUAUUACACGCGCCGCUCCAGUGCUUCUGCUUCGUUGCAGUUGUUAGAACGGGUUACGCUCAAUCUUACUUCUACGAGCUCUCCGCCCGCCCUGCAACUUUCCCACCAAGGAAAUUUGCAGAGAAUUUCGUAUAGUUGA